AGUCAGUUAGUUUUUGCCUGUCAUCGUGUAUGUAGUAUUAUUUAAAAUAUAUAUGCUAUUCUUGACGAAAUCUCUUUAUUAAAUGCAUAAAAAUGUCUGAAAUGGAAGUUACAGAAACUGGUAAUGAUUGCUCAAACGAUCUUCUUCUUCUUGAUCGCGUAUUCUUGAGGCUAGGAAAUGUGGACACCGAUGAACAACUGGAGAGUUGUCUCAAUAGAUUCCUACCUCCUGUUAUCUUGAAGUUAUCAUCACCUCAUGAACAAGUUCGCACAAAAGUAAUGGAGUUAUUGGUGCAUGUGAACAAGCGAAUAAAAUGUCGUGCUGAUGUUCAGCUGCCUGUGCAGACCUUGCUGCAGUUAUACAAAGACCCCGCUGCUAAUAGUUUUAUUAUUAAUUUUUCUAAAAUAUACAUAACAAUGGGCUUCCCACGACUGCCUCGGGAACAGCAACUUAGUUUGACACCUUCUCUGCUCGAGGCCAUAGAGAACAAACCUCAGCCCCAUCAAGAUGGGAUUCUAAUGCUUGUGAUGCCUCUCCUAGGUGAUAUAAAAGAGACAGAUCUGAAUUUGAAGGAAAAGCCUAAAGUUUCAUCUCUUAUAUUAAAGUUUGCAUUGGAUAUUUUGCUGUUACCAUACAGGGCUCUACCACAUGAGGGUGAGAGUGAGUUCCAAGUACCCCCAGGAAUGAGUAUGAAGACAUACAAAAGGAUAGUGGGUAAUAAUCAAUUAAAUCCCAACCAGUUAGAAGAGAUGAAACUGUCAAUAGUGAAUUUUAUAAGCAAGGAUAUAUUCAACAUGAAUGAUAUCCUGUUGACAUUGAUUGUGGCAGCGGCUGAUUCACGCUUCAGUGUUGCCAACCAUGCAAACAGCCCGCUUAUUAGAGUGAACAGUUCCGUGGACUGGUCGCAGCCAGCAGUGGUAGGUCCCCUGUACUCAUUGUACCUCGGCACUUGGGGAGGUAUGAAAGCGCCAUCAGAUGAUCGUAAGGUUGCCGCUUGCACCAGACUACGAUUGAAGUUAAUUCAAUAUUUAAACAAAGCAACGGGACCGGCUAUCAUGUUCCCGCAUUGUGUACAGGUCGUGUUUUCGUCACUAUUUGAUGCAAAUACAAACUCUCGUCUCAGGAAUAUGGCUUUGAUGUUUUUAUUAAAUGUUAUUAACAACGGUGAUUCAGAGCAGUUAAAGAAAGUUGGUGUUGUAUUCUUGCAUGGAUUGUUAAAACUGAUCAGAUCAGACGAGUAUUCUGACCACCAUUCCAAAGCUUAUAUGUGCUUAGGUCGUUUGGCAUUAAAAUGCCCGGAGACUAUAAACAAGCAGUUCAUAUUAUUGGAGGAGUUUGUGAAGAAGAUUCCGGAAGCUGUGCCCGAGAUGAAGACAGCGCUGCGUGAUGCACUCCUCGAUAUGUCCUACGCUUACUCAAUGCAUACACCAGAAGGUAAGGAAGAAGCAAUGGAGACAUCAGCAGCGGGCACCAGCAACGACAUGGAUGUGGAUGAAGCGUCAGAGAGCAAGAAGCCUCGCCCCAAUCCAUACGACGAGCCGCAAGCCUUGGCGCUCUACGCAUUGCUUGAUCACUACAUGCACAGUGAGGAUUCGAUGAUCCGUUACAUCGCCAUGCGGUACUCCUCCGUGGUGUUCCCUCAGGACUACGUGCCCUCGCGCUACCUGCUGCUGCUCGCCAGCGGAGAUACUCAGGACGACAUUGUAACCGAAUCACAAAAAUGUCUAUACGGCACAUCACGUGCGAGCGAGAUAGAAGAUGUAGUGAACAACGUGAGUAAGAAAGAGACGGCUGUUGUCAACUUAGAUGAGGGCCCUGCACGGAAAGACAACGAAUCAACGGCUGAGUUAAAAACUCCCAGUUUCAAAGACGUGGUAAAUUAUGUAUGGGAACAGAUACAAAAGAGGAAGAAAGGUUCAAACUCGAAGCACAGAUAUGUUAUUGGUAACCAUUUGUUGCAGUUUCAUCCAAAAACUUACCAGGAAAUAUUAAGGUAUAUGAGAAUGUGUUUGAACCGUGAUGCUAAGUUAAAAGAUUGCUCAAACCAUCCCAAUAGUAAUUCACCUCUGCUCGCUAAAUAUUUCCGAGAGAAUUUACUGGAGACAGAAGUACUUGAACGUUACCUGACUAUGAUCACAUCAUUACUUAACGCGUGCCCAGAAUUGAUGCCAUUAACAUGCUUUUUGGACAUUGUUGGUUGUGUACCAGAAAUUAUAGCAUCAAAAUAUGUCUCUCUGCUACCAUUCCUUAUGAAUCUCUUUACAACUAGCACGAAAGAGGAUAUACGUGAUAUUGCCGCGGUCAUUUACGCGAUUAUUACAGCAAAUACAAGCAAUAAAUCAGCAAUUGAAAAGGAAAUAAAAGAAUUCGUUGCACAAAGUCGCGGUAACAAAGGUCUAGAGGCUCAGUGCGGUUAUAUUUCAGCGUUUAGUCAUCUUUGUGAACGUUGUAUAGCGCUGUCAAAGCGCGGCAAAUUUGGCGGGAAAGGAUUCAAUCCGUCAACCUGGGAGCCAUAUCAAGAUGGCGCGUUAUGUUUGGGUAAUUUCCUCGCAAGUCCUCAGACUUUACUAGUCAGUACAUCUGUUAGUUCAGUAUCUUUGUUAGUAAGAUGCAGCGCUUUGCCUUUACCUAAUAUGAAUGCUAAACAAGAAGCCAUGGUACAUACAGACAAUCCAUUCAAUGUUAACCACAAAGACAUUGUUACUGACGAUGAAGUAACAAAGUAUACGGUUGCAGAGCGACUGUUCAGGAUUGUAGGGAAUCCAAGUUUACCUUCCAAAGUAAAAGAAAGGGCGUUGUAUACGUUAGGUUUGAUGUGUUGUGGUGAAAGAUUGAUAUUUGCGAAACAGAUCGUCAAAGGAUUCCUGCAAAUGGCUAAAGAUAGUAAGGAAUUCGAAAUUCAUUUACAAAUUGGAGAGUCGCUCGUGCUUUGUGCGGAAGGUGUUAACUCUAAUGAAAAUAGAGAUUUAUGGACCGAGUUACCGAGAGAGGGUGAUGCAAAGAUAAGAGAUUUAGAGGCUUUAAAGGAGAACGAUGAAUUACUACAAUGGCUGUUACAAGAAUUGUUUAAGAUAGGAAAACAUCCUCACCCACAUUCAAGACAGGCGACAAGUAUUUGGUUGUUGGCGUUAUUGAAGAAUUGUUCCGACAGAGAGCCAAUACGAAACAGUCUGCAGCUGCUCCAGAAUGUAUUCAUGGAUUAUCUCUCGGAGAAUAGCGAUAUAGUACAAGACGUAGCUAGCAAAGGUCUUAGCCUUGUUUAUCAGAAUUCCGAUGAAAGUCGUAAGCAAGCGCUGGUGGGUGAUAUAAUUGAGCAGCUGACCAGCGGGAAGAGAUCCGUGGCGCAGGUCACUGAUGAUACCAAGAUAUUUGAAGAGGGACAGCUUGGAAAGGCUCCCACUGGGGGCAAUCUUUCAACUUACAAGGAGUUAUGCUCUCUAGCGUCAGACCUGAACCAGCCCGAUUUAUUGUAUAAGUUCAUGCAUCUGGCACAUCACAACUCUGUUUGGAACUCCAAGAAAGGCGCGGCGUUCGGGUUCCACUCGAUAGCGCUGCAGGCGGGCGCGCAGCUGACCGACCAUCUGCCCAAGAUAGUGCCGCGUCUCUACCGGUACCGCUUCGACCCCACGCCCCGCAUACAGCACUCCAUGGCCGCCAUCUGGCACGCCAUCGUGCCCAACACGCAGCACACGGUUCAAAAAUAUCAUAAAGAGAUAUUGGAUGACCUCGUGGCAAAUCUGACAUCGAACCAGUGGCGAGUGAGGAUGUCUUGUUGCAACGCUUUGUCUGAUCUGUUGAGAGGUGCGAAGAGCCUGCACGAGUCUCUGGAGCAGCUGCCUACGAUCUGGUCGCAGCUGUUCCGCGUCAUGGAUGACGUGCACGAGGGCACGCGUCUCGCAGCUACAGCCACCGCUACAGUACUUUCUAAGCUGUGCGUGCAGGCGUGCGAUGUAGCGCAGGGCAAGGACGGCAAGCGUGUGGUGGACGCCAUCCUGCCCGUACUGCUUGAUAAUGGCAUCACCAACCUCGUCAAAGAAGUCAGGAGUGUCAGCCUGCUGACGGUGUCCCGGCUGGUGACAUCAUGCGGGGAGCAGGUGUCAGGGUUCGUGUCGCGGCUGGUGCCGGCGCUGGUGUGUGCGGCGGGCGAGUUGGAGUCCGCGCGCCUCUCACACCUCAGCACCGUGCUCGCUGACUCCAGCACAAGGGAGGUGCUCGAUGACCUGCGAGCUAAUGCCACCAAGCAUCACUAUACUACCGAUACUGUUGUCAAGUGCAUGCCAUACAUCACAAUAGACAGUAUGAAGGAGAUGCUCCCCAAGAUGUUGGAGCUGAUGAAGUCCCCGCAGCUGGGCACGAAGGUUGCCUGCGCGCAUUUCAUAGUCCUGUCUGCGCACUAUCUGCGCACAGACCUCGAGCCAGUCGCCGGCAAGCUGAUGACACAUCUACUGAAUGGGGCCUUCGACAGAAACCCUACUGUUAGGAAGAACUAUGCGGAGGCGCUUGGACAGGUUUCUGCCUUCGCUAAGAGCCAGUCUAUAGAGAAGUUGAUGAAGAAAUUAAUAAACUUGUACGAAACUAAAGAAGAUGAUGUGUCUCGCUCUGCGGUGGCGCUGAUGCUGCGCGCCGUCGCCAAGGCCAAGGCGGACCAUCUCAAGGACAAUGAAGAAAUACUUGCACCGGUCGUCUUCCUAGCCAUGCAUGCGCCUAAAGAUGAAGAGUCGAGUACCGUGGAGAUGUUCGAGGAGUUGUGGAGCGAGCUGAGCCCGGCGCGCGAGAGCGGCAUGCGCCGGCACCUGCCCGCACUGCGCGCGCACCUCGAGGCCGCGCUCGCCGCCACCAGCUGGACCAAGAAGAUACAGGGUGCAACUGCCAUAAAGACGUUAUGCGCGGAGGUGUCGUGCGGACUGGGCACACAGCGGGAACCUCUGCUGCGAGCCGCGCUGGCCGCCGCACAUGGCAAGACAUUCGACGGCAAGCAUCAUCUGCUUGAUGCUCUUGCUGAUCUCUGCACUGUCAAAGAGGGCGAGGCUCCACUAAACCCGACAUUAGCCAGUGAAUGUGUGAACGCGUUGUUGGCGGAGUGCCGCAAGCCGGACCCGGGACACAAGCGACGUGCGCUGGCGGCACUCGGGCGCGCGCUGGCCGCCACACACUGCGACGUCUUCCAACAUGUAUAUGACAUUGUUAAAGUCAUAUUGUCAAAGGACGAGUCGUCAAUGGACAAGGAUUCGGACGAUGAGGAUAACGAAGGUGCUCGGCGGCGCGCGGAGCAGCUCACCGCGCUCAAGGAAGCUGCUUACGAGCUGCUUGGCAACGCCUGGCCCAAGGACCCGCAAACACAAGAUAAAUACCAGGAGGAAUUCUUCGAGCAUUGUGCGCAAUGUUACGCGAGCUCCACACGGUCGACACAACUCGCCGUGUUGCGGUCCAUGGCUAGUGUGUUACCACGUCUUGAAGUGCUGCGUGGUCGCGGACAGCCGAUGGACACUGAUACUGACAAUGCCACCCCUACUAAUGCCACCAUUGCCACAGAUCGCGAUAAAGCGAUUACCAACAUCAAUACUCAUGCAGCUAAAGUCGUUGAUUAUACACUUAAGAACAGUAAUCAAGUGAGACAUCGAAAGGACGCUCUUAAUAUCCUAGAGAUAUUAAUAAAACAGUUAACUGAGCUAAACAAGACAGAAGAACUAAAUAUUCUUAAAGAGAUCUACCAUACGUAUGCGCCGGAUCUCGCUAAGGAUUCAUCGCACGAGUUAAGAACCAAAGUGGAAAGUAUUAAAACUUAUAUUAAUAAGUAAUGUUACCAUUUUUAAUGACAGGAGUGUAAUAAAUUUAAUGAAGUAUAAUAAAUGAUUCUUAUCACA